GUUGCCAUGAAAACAAGAAAAGUAUUUUACUUGUAAAAUGUUUUCCUUAAUAUCCGGUAAAACAACUUCACUGCAACUUCGGAAAGCUAUUUUCAUUUUGACGCGCGAUCAAUUCGACAAUAGCCCCCCAACUCUAUUUACCUCUGAAACCGAUCGACACAGCAAAAACUUCCACUCUCUCUCCUCUCACGAGAACACUACUCUCUCUUCACACCAGCGAAAUUUUCCUCUCUCUCUCUCCAGUCUGCAAAUUCUGAAACCCUAGAUCAUUAUCGACCCUUUUUAAUACUUGCGUUGUGAAACCCUAGACGAAAGCUUGAAAUUCCAGUUUGUUCUUCUUCAUCCUCGAAAAACAGGUUUUAGCAACAAAUGGCAACAGAAAAAAGUCAAUCCGGAAACCCAUCAUCUGCUGCCCCGAUUCCAGCAGUCGCUUCAUGUCGAAAGAAGAAGUCGGAAAGUUCCACUUUCUUGGAGGAUGUAAAGGACCACAUUGAUGAGUUUGUUCAUGCUUCUAUGGAUGAACACACGACUUGCUUUAAAAAGACCAUUGUAAAGAUGUUUGGAAUGUCAAAAAUUGUCGCAGAAAGGAAUUCCAACAUGAAGGAAGUUGAGAGCUCUUUGCCCCUUCAAACAACUGUAUCUGACUAGAAUGUCUCAUGUUCUUUAAUAGCUUGAUAUCAUAGUUGAAAACAAAACUUACAGCAUUUUGCGAUGGCAUAUGUUUGAUCAUCAUGGAUAAGUAAAGUUUUGAAGAGUUCUGCAAUUUUGCAAAUGACAAUCUUAUCUACUACUGAAUCGAUGUGAGAUCGAUUUUAUUAUGGAUUGUUUAUGUUGUCGUGGACUGUAUCAUGCAGAAUCUUUGUCUGGAAAUGAAAUGAGAAAUCAACAUAUGAGGUGCUACAUAGUUAGAUGUCAUGACUCAUGGGGUCACUUUUUUGUUCAUCUACCUCUAUACUUGGGGAAGGGCACUUGGCCGUUCUCGACGUCCUCCACAAGGAUUUCAUAAUGCCUCUUCACUUCCGCCGCAGUUUUCCCUCCAACAGAGCUAGCCCCGGCGACGUUGUGCCAACGGUCAGGGGUGUCCUUGUCAUACACAGCCAGAGCCUUCUCAAUGGCUUUGUUCUGCUCAGCAGUCCGGUAGCCAGAGCUAGCGGCGGGAGGACAUUAGGUGGAUGCCAUUUGUUUUCCGGAAAGGAAAACGAGGAAGGAAUGGAACAAGGUGAAAGGAGAAGGAAAUGGAAAGGAAUAGCUUACUGGGGUGCACAGAAAGUAUUGGAAUUAUUACUCUAUUUAGAUUAUAGUACUCAAUUAUGACAAUUUUUUAUUGGAAUAGAAUUGGAAUUCUCAAAUUUAAAUAUUGUGAGCUGAAUUAGAAUAUUUUUAAAAAUUAAUUUAAGUAAUCAAA